CCCUCCCUCCCCGGCGCGCCUCGCUCCUCCGCCCCGCUCCCUGCGGUGCUGCAGCUGCGGCGGCUCCAGCGGCCCCAGAUGUGGACUGGGCGGCGCGCGGGGAACUUUCGCGCCGGCUGCGAGUGCGGGGCCCGGCUGCGGUCCGGCUGCCAUGGAUCCGUCAGCUGGCGCCGUGCGCCGCCUGCUCUGCCUCUCUCCGCUCCCGCUGCUGCUGCUGCUACUGCCGCCGCCGCCGCCCGCCGCCGCCAGGCUCGCCGCGGCCGCCGACCCCCCAGGCGGACCCCCGGGGCGCGGAGCCCAGCGCAUCCUGGCGGUGCCUGUGCGCACUGACGCCCAGGGCCGCCUGGUGUCCCACGUGGUGUCGGUGACGACGGCUCAGGCCGGGGUUCGGGCCCGCAGGGCUGCCCCCGCCAGGACCCCGGGUUCCUCUGGAGGUGGCGAGGACCUGGACCGCCGCCUGUUCUACAACAUCACCGUCUUCAGCCGAGACCUGCACCUGCGGCUGCGGCCCAACGCCCGCCUCGUGGCGCCCGGGGCCACGAUGGAGUGGCAGGGCGAGGCGGGCACCACCCGCGUGGAGCCCCUGCUCGGGACCUGCCUCUACACUGGAGACGUGGCCGGCGUGAGUGAGGCCUCCUCCGUGGCGCUCAGCACCUGCGAUGGGCUGGCUGGCCUGAUCCGAAUGGAGGAGGAGGAGUUCUUUAUCGAGCCCCUGGAGAAGGGGCUGGCAGCGAAGGAGGCUGAGCAGGGUCGGGUGCAUGUGAUAUAUCGCCGGCCAUCCAACCCCAGGCUCCCUUCUCUCGGGGUGCCUCAGGCCCUGGACACAGGGGCCUCCCUUGGCAGCCUGGACAGCCUCAGCCGUACCCUGGGCGUCCUGGAGGAACGGAUCAACAGCUCGAGGCGCAGGGCACGCAGACACACCGCCGAUGACGACUACAACAUCGAGGUCCUGCUGGGUGUGGACGACUCUGUGGUCCAGUUCCAUGGGAAGGAGCACGUGCAGAAGUACCUGCUCACACUCAUGAACAUUGUCAAUGAGAUCUACCAUGACGAGUCCUUGGGGGCCCACAUCAAUGUGGUCCUGGUGCGGAUCAUCCUGCUCAGCUACGGGAAGUCCAUGAGCCUUAUUGAGAUCGGGAACCCUUCUCAAAGCCUGGAGAAUGUCUGCCGGUGGGCUUACCUCCAGCAGAAGCCGGACACAGACCACGAUGAAUACCAUGAUCACGCUAUCUUCCUCACACGGCAAGACUUUGGGCCUUCAGGCAUGCAAGGCUAUGCUCCUGUCACCGGGAUGUGCCACCCCGUUCGCAGUUGCACCCUGAACCAUGAGGACGGCUUCUCCUCGGCGUUUGUGGUGGCCCACGAGACCGGCCACGUGCUAGGCAUGGAACACGAUGGGCAGGGCAACCGCUGCGGCGACGAGGUGCGUCUGGGCAGCAUCAUGGCUCCCCUGGUGCAGGCAGCCUUCCACCGCUUCCACUGGUCCCGCUGCAGCCAGCAGGAGCUGAGCCGCUACCUGCACUCCUAUGACUGCCUGCGGGAUGACCCCUUCGCCCACGACUGGCCGGCGCUGCCCCAGCUUCCCGGGCUGCACUACUCCAUGAACGAGCAGUGCCGCUUCGACUUCGGCCUGGGCUACAUGAUGUGCACCGCGUUCCGGACCUUUGAUCCCUGCAAGCAGCUGUGGUGCAGCCACCCUGACAAUCCCUACUUUUGCAAGACCAAGAAGGGCCCCCCACUGGAUGGGACCAUGUGUGCACCUGGCAAGCACUGCUUUAAAGGACACUGCAUCUGGCUGACGCCUGACAUCCUCAAACGAGAUGGCAACUGGGGCUCCUGGAGUCCAUUCGGCUCCUGCUCACGCACCUGUGGCACAGGCGUUAAGUUCAGGACCCGCCAGUGUGACAACCCACACCCUGCCAAUGGGGGCCGCCCCUGUGCAGGCCUUGGCUACGAUUUCCAGCUCUGCAACUCCCAGGACUGUCCCGACUCACUGGCCGACUUCCGCGAGGAACAGUGCCGGCAGUGGGACCUGUACUUCGAGCAUGGUGAUGCCCAGCACCACUGGCUGCCCCAUGAGCACCGGGACGCCAAGGAGAGGUGCCACCUCUACUGUGAGUCCAAGGAGACCGGGGAGGUGGUGUCCAUGAAGCGCAUGGUGCACGACGGAACCCGAUGCUCCUACAAGGAUGCCUUCAGCCUCUGCGUGCGAGGAGACUGCAGGAAGGUGGGCUGUGAUGGCGUGAUUGGCUCCAACAAGCAAGAAGACAAGUGUGGUGUGUGCGGAGGGGACAACAGCCACUGCAAAGUAGUCAAAGGCGUGUUCACUCGCACACCUAAGAAGCUGGGUUACGUGAAGAUGUUUGAGAUCCCCGCAGGAGCCAGACACCUGCUCAUCCAGGAGGCGGACACUACCAGCCAUCACCUGGCCGUCAAGAACUUAGAGACAGGCAAGUUCAUUUUAAACGAGGAGAACGACAUAGACCCCAAUUCCAAAUCCUUCAUCGCCAUGGGCGUGGAGUGGGAGUACCGGGAUGAAGAUGGCCGGGAGACGCUGCAGACCAUGGGCCCCCUUCAUGGCACCAUCGCCGUGCUGGUCAUCCCGCAGGGAGACACCCGGGUCUCGCUGACGUACAAGUACAUGAUCCAUGAGGACUCGCUCAACGUGGAUGACAACCAGGUCCUGGAGGAUGACUCCGUGGGCUAUGAGUGGGCCCUGAAGAAGUGGUCCCUGUGCUCCAAGCCCUGCGGUGGAGGGUCCCAGUUCACCAAGUAUGGCUGCCGCCGGAGGCUGGACCUCAAGAUGGUGCACCGCAGCUUCUGCGACGCCUUCCCAAAGCCCAAAGCCAUCCGCCGGGCCUGCAACCCGCAGGAGUGCUCCCAGCCCGAAUGGAUCAUGGGCGAAUGGGAGCCGUGCAGUCAGAGCUGUGGGCGGACAGGCACGCAGGUCCGCUCCGUGCGCUGCGUUCAGACCCUGCACAACAACACCACUCGCACCGUGCACACCAAGCACUGCAACGACGCACGACCUGAGAGCCGCAGGGCCUGCAACCGCGAGCUCUGUCCUGGACGGUGGCGGGCCGGACCCUGGUCCCAGUGCUCUGUGACCUGUGGCAAUGGCACCCAGGAGCGGCCGGUUCUCUGCCGCACCGCGGACGACCACUUUGGGAUCUGCCGGGAGGAGCAACCUGAGAGAGCAAGGAUCUGUAGGCUGGACCCCUGCCCCGGAAACAUCUCCGACCCCUCUAAGAAGAGCUAUGUGGUUCAGUGGCUGUCCCGACCGGACCCCGACUCGCAGGUCCAGAAGACUUCGUCAAAGGGCCGCUGCCAAGGCGACAAGUCAAUGUUCUGCAGGAUGGAAGUCCUGUCUCGCUAUUGCUCCAUCCCAGGCUACAACAAGCUGUGCUGCAAGUCCUGUAACCUGCAUGACAACCUCACUGACGUGGAUGACAGGGCAAGGCCACCGCCCGGGAAGCAUAAUGACAUUGAGGAGCUCAUGCCCACCCUCCCAAUCCCCACUCUAGUCAUGGAGGUGCAGCCUGCGCCAGGCCCGCCCCUGGAGGUGCCUCUCAAUGCCUCCAGCACCAAUGCUACUAAGGAGCACCCGGAAACCAAUGCGGUUGACGUGCCCUACAAAAUCAAUGGCCUGAACAAUGAAGUGCAGCCACCCAACCUAAUCCCUCGACGGCCAAGCCCAUCUGAGAGAACCAGAAACCAACGGAUCCAAGAGCUUAUGGAUGAGAUGAGGAAGAAAGAGAUCCUCGGAUAGUUCUAAUAAAGUGAAAGGUAGCAUCAAUAGCAUUUUUUUUCCUUGCUUAUAGAGAUAUUCCAUGGGAUGCCAUCCUGUGUCAUGGUGAUUAAAUCAAAAUUCCCGAGUCCCAAAAGUUUUGAGGGAACAGAGGGAGAAUCACAUGAAAAUGGAUAUGUGUGUAUUAUACAGAUGGUUGUGAGCAUGUGGCCAACAAGGAGAACACAUGGGUGUCCCAGCCCCAGAAUGUUCUGAACCCUGAACUGGGCUUGGGUCUGGGGUAGAGAGCAAUGUCAGUGAGGGAGGGCAAGAGGACUAGCUUGGAGAAAGAAGACAUUUGCCUCAAGUUUCUGAGCAGUAACCAGUGGUGACAACACAGGCAUUUCCUUCUAAUCCCCAGGCUUGGACACGAGCCCCGUGGGGACUCUUAGGAAACAAUGAUUUAGUCACUAACUUCCCAGUCACUAAGCUGAGGCCAUGGACUCCGGUGCCUCCAAUGCCAGGCAGGUGGUGAGGACAAGUGUGGUGGCUCCAACAUUACUGCCUCUGUGAGAACUGGCCUGCUGCCAGAGAACAUGCUUUUUCACUAGAAGUCUAGAUUCCGUGUGAAAAUUCUGUCUUUAAAGAUCAGUCCAAAAUACUCGGAGGAGGCCAGGAGUCUGUUAAGGUGCAGGGCCGCCAGGCUGCAGCCUCUGGUCUCAGACAUGACCUGACACAGCCUGGCCAAUCAAGGACUUAGGGAAGCCAUCUGACGCAUUUGGUGCUCACCAGCUGUGCUGUCUCGGCCAUGUCUGACUGUGACGCUGGCCAUUUCUUCCUGGGAAAGUCCCUGGAAUCCUAUAACUUUGGCUUGAGGAUUGAUCUAAACAGGGGGUCAUGUUUUCUGCAAGAUGAGAAUUCAGUGGAGUGAACUCUCAGGUCUCUCUCCUCUCCAUGAACCCUGACCUUCCUUGUCCCCUCUGGCCAGCCUGGCCUUGGCCCUGCAGCUCCCCAAAGGGGCUCUCUCCUUCCACAAGUGCAUCGGAAGACUGACAGGCAUGUGGUGUGCUGGGAAGUCCAGUGAGUGGUCAAGGCUGACUCUCCCAGAGGGGCAGGAGUGCUGCCACCAGGAUGGUCAUGCCUCAGGGACCCACAAUGGACUUUUUAGGCUUGGGUAUGCUUGUGGGGGAUAGGCCUGCCCUAUUGGAGCCUUCCAGCCCCCAGCCCUGCCCCCACUGUCAUCCCUUAAAAGUUUCAAUAGGGAACUGCCAGAUAUGUCCUCUGAUGAGAGGCAUUGGGUAGGAGGUGGGGAGAGCCCUCUUUUGCUCUUUCCAAACAGUAACAGUUUCUAUUUCAGCAGAAUGGUGCUUUGUGAGCAAGAUGUGAAUGAGAGAGAAAUAAGAAGGGAGUGGGUGGAGAUGGAUGGGAGAAUAAUGGCUAAUUUUUACCUCUCCCUGCAUUGAUAUUAACAUGCAGCUUCAAUUUCCCAAAAUUGUAAGACCUGGGGAGCAUAUUAGCUCCUUAGCUGGGCCUCCCUUAACAUUAUUGGGCUUUUCGUACCCACAGAGUUCCAGAGCCUUUUUAUUCUUGCCAGUCAGAUCUUAGAGAACUCUUUCUUGUUUAAGUCCCCAUUAUAUGGGCAAAAAUACUGAGGCUCAGGAAAGUACCAUGCCAGCAAUUUUAUACUGAGUUUUGCAGUCUGUGUGUGUGAAUCUGUACGUGUGAGUGUGUGUGUGUGUGUGUGUGUGUGUGUGUGUGUGUGUAGCCUAAGGGACAAAGAAAGGGUAUAGGACAUAGUGAGGACCAUUCUAGGAUAAUGCUUAACUGUCCAACUGGAUGAUGACCAGCCUUCCUGUCCCCUGGUAUAGCCGCCCUCUCUUUCUGCCACCAUGCCCCACGCAUGCUCAGACACUGUGCAAUGUCUAAAGAAGCUUGCUGACUCCUAAGAACUAAACUGGAGAAACGUUUUGAACAUCUCUCAUAGUAUCACUUCUUCUUUAGUAAGGUGUGGUAUACAGUACUUUCACAAUCCUGUCAUUAUAAUUAGGAAAUGGGUCCCUCUGUGGUAUUAGUUACGACCUGAAAGACUGGGCAGUUUGUGCUUGGGUCUGUCUUGGAAUGUAAAGGAAGUUUGGGAUGACUAACCCUGGCCUGGGAUCCUCAGAAUCAGAACGAUCCACUCCCAGAUCCUAGCAAAGUGGGGUUGCAUAUCUUGGGGCCAGAAAUCUUUGGAGAGAGGCCCUCGGUGGGACAUUGCCAGGGGUACCUGUCUUUGGCUAGUGGGAGAGAGAUGUGCUCUGGAAGCUGUAGGCCAGCAAGGCCGUGUCCUCACAUGCCAUACUCAGUGCUUUGGACCAUAUAUCCAGAGUGCUCCAGACGUAAGCAGUCCUCAGAGGUCUCUCCCCAAGGAAUGCAGUGUUCAUGCAGCUCUGAGAGACUGAAAGUCGCUGAGCUUGGGACAGUUGGAGAGCAGGCUGAGCAACAGUGCUGAGCUUCCAGGGUCAGCCCUGUGUUCAAAGCUCCUGCCUUGUGUGUAGGGAAGGCCAUGCAGCUAUUCUAGCUGAGUUUCAUAACACCAUGUAUGACUCAGGUGUCCUCUGUCCACAGUUAAAAAAAAAAAAAAAAAAGCUGAGGGACUCGAGGAUCACUUUAUGUUCACAGGGAGAAUUGUGCUAGCAUUUUGGCACCUGGCUCUUGAUAUAUUGCUUUUGGAAAACCCAUGGAAUUUCACAUAUAAGCAUUUCAUUUGUAUUUUAAAUUGGUUUGUCUUUUUGCUUGUUUGUCCCUUGGUUUGGAGUGUAUAAAUGGUGCUCAAUAGUCAAUGUCUAUCAGGUGACUGUGUACUCCUGUGUGACAGGCAGCCAGCACACACAAAAUCAUCAUGGUGCUGAACUCCAACCACAUUUAUCUUACUGAUCACAGCAAACAAUACAUCUCUCUUCUGUAUAGUAAAAUUUGGUUCCUUGAUUUUGUAACUUAUUAAAGUCACAAUGUCUGUGUUUUUGCA